AUGACCUGGAACAGAAAAUUANUACAGUAUUUGACUAAAAAGUUGUCACUUUCAGGCAAAGUGGUUGUGUUUGGGGGCUCUUAUGCCGGAUCAUUGGCCGCCUGGUUCAGGGAGAAGUACCCCAACAUAGCUGUCGGUGCCAUAGCGUCCAGCGCUCCCGUGUUGGCUGAAGUGGACUUCAAAGAGUAUUUCGGUGUCGUUAGCGACUCAUUGGGAACGGAGUGCUCACAGAAUAUUCGGGAAGCCUCACAAGAAUUGGAUGAAUUGUUGAAAACACCGGAAGGGGUGAAAAAAGUACGACAAAUGUUCAAACUGUGCGACACAUUCGACGGCACCGACACCUUAAACGUCGCUUAUUUUAUAUACGAUUUGUUGGUAUCGAUAGCCAGUUCCGUUCAGCACAAUAUGGACAUCGAUGGUAUUUGUCGGGUAAUGAAUAACCCGAGUGGUGGCACUCCGUUGCAAAGGUAUGCCAAACAGCACGGUUAUCCAGGCACUAAACGCGAUGAUUGCGAUGAUGUUCAGUACACUGACCUGGUUAAGUCCUUAAAUCAUACGUCUAAGGGAGGCAAUGGAAAUUAUCUCAUUAACACUGAGGCUUAUAAUGGGCGACAAUUUUUCAGGGGUCGACCCGUAGACAAGUACGGAAUGGUCAGACCUCCAGUUCCCGUUGAUGGACAGUUUUUUAAAAGCGCCGUAUCGGGUAUCUAUAAACAAAAAGUCAACCAUGCUGAUCCCAAAGACAACAGCACUUUUGACCAGGUCAUUGUGUUCGGGGGCUCGUAUGCCGGUGCGUUGGCCGCUUGGUUCCGGGAGAAGUACCCGAAAACAGCUGCCGGUGCCAUAGCGUCCAGCGGUCCUGUCGAGGCAGUCGUUGAUUUCAAGGACUACUUGGGUGUCGUUAGUCAGUCGCUGGGAAAGGAGUGCUCCGACAGCAUAAGGGAAGCCUCGAAGCAGUUGGAGGAGGAUCUGAAGACUACUGCCGGCCGGGAAGAGCUCAAGAAACUGUUCAAACUGUGCGACUCCUUAGAGGGCGCCGACACCGAUGACAUACACAACUUUGUCGGGAGUCUGACGGAUGCGGUCGAGGGUAUUGUUCAGUAUAACAGCAACAUUACGGCCUUUUGUAAGCUGGUGACUGACCCGAGUGGUGGGGCCCGUGCUCUGGACAGGUAUGCGAAGGCACAGGCAGGUCAACACGGAGGAUGCAUUAACUUUAAAUACAAGAAUUUGAUUAGUUAUAUGAAACAAACGUCUAAACAGUCGCCGGCCGUCUCAUCGGGAAUGAGGCAAUGGACGUAUCAGACGUGCACUGAGUUUGGGUACUUCGCGACCACUAGUCUGAAGGACAGUCCGUUUGGGCACAACCUUCCGGUCGAGUUCUUCACGAAACAGUGCACCGAUAUAUUCGGUCCGCAAAUCACGGCACAAACCAUACAGAAAGCGGUGGACACCACUAACUCCUACUACGGGGCCCGUCAGCCCAAUGUGACAAACGUGGUCUUCCUUAACGGCUCACUGGAUCCGUGGCACGCAUUGAGUGUACUCCAGGACCUCAACAACAGCACCAAAGCCGUGCUGAUCGAGGGGUACGCCCACUGCGGGGACAUGUAUUCCGCCAACCCGUCGGAUCCCAAGAGCCUAAAGGAUGCGCACGACUUGAUUACCAAACAAUUGGCAGAAUAUUUGAAAUAA